AUGGCUGCCCCGCCUUCCCCUUCCCAGGGGGAGGAACCUGCAACAGCAGCAGAAGGAGGGCAGCUAAAAAGGGCGUUAUUAGAUGCGACAGCAGGUGCUAUUGCCGGUGGUAUUUCACGUACUGUUACAUCUCCUCUUGAUGUCAUCAAAAUCAGAUUCCAGGUUCAACUGGAGCCAACGUCUUCAUGGGCUUUGGUUCGCAGUAAUAUGGCUACACCAUCAAAGUACACAGGAAUGUUGCAAGCAACAAAGGAUAUAUUUAGAGAGGAAGGUUUACCGGGCUUUUGGCGUGGCAAUGUCCCAGCUUUACUCAUGGUUAUGCCAUACACUGCCAUUCAAUUUGCUGUGUUGCACAAAUUGAAAACAUUUGCUGCCAGGUCUUCUAAGACAGAGGAUCAUAUUAAGUUGAGUCCUUACCUCUCCUAUGUCAGUGGAGCAUUAGCAGGGUGUGCGGCUACAGUUGGUUCAUACCCAUUUGAUCUUCUAAGAACCGUAUUAGCUUCACAGGGUGAACCUAAGGUGUAUCCAACGAUGCGGUCAGCAUUUGUUGAUAUUAUUAGAACUCGUGGCUUCAGAGGCUUAUAUGCUGGAUUAUCGCCAACACUGGUUGAGAUUAUACCAUAUGCUGGCCUUCAGUUUGGCACCUACGAUACAUUUAAGCGCUGGACCAUGGCCUGGAACCAUCAUAGAUCGUCUACUACAAGCCCCAUAAGUACAAAUGAUAGCGCUUCCAGCUUUCAGCUUUUUCUCUGUGGGUUAGCGGCUGGCACGUGUGCCAAACUUGUCUGCCAUCCUCUUGAUGUGGUCAAGAAAAGGUUUCAGAUUGAAGGACUACAGAGGCACCCAAAAUAUGGUGCUCGAGUUGAGCAUCGUGCUUACACAAAUAUUUUUGAUGCUCUUCGCCGAAUUUUGCUGAUGGAGGGCUGGGCUGGGCUUUAUAAAGGCAUCAUCCCAUCCACUGUCAAGGCUGCACCAGCUGGUGCUGUAACAUUUGUAUCUUAUGAACUUACAUCAGACUGGCUGGAGUCUAUCAUGACUUGA